AUGUCGCAAUUACCUUACUUGAAUUCUCCCAAUCCCAUGGAGGACAUAACUCGCAGCUUCAGCAUCCCGCAUAGUCCUGGACUCGUUUCUUCAACCUUUGCUAAGCAGUCGAGCCCAGAUACCCCUAUACCAAAGUCCGCUUUCAGCUCAAUCCAGGGAAGUCACUCGGAGGGAAGGGCAAGAAAGAUGCAGACGACAGUUGCCGUGCGCGAACGCGAUCCUCAUCGCUUCAGGGUAUUUCCGCUCAAGCAGGUGCGCGAAAGCCUACAGGGGCCGUCGUCACGGAGAUUUCGUUCCACGGGAGAUGCUUGUGAGACAGAGUUAGAGGAGGCUAUGCGUCGCAAGCGGAACAUGUCAGCUGGUUCUACCCCUUUCGCAAUGAGAAAAGCGACACACAACAGUCUGCCCGUAGCACAGGCCCAUGUCAGUGAGCGUGCUGAAAGCCAGGCAGACGACUCGGGUAUAUUCCUGGAUACGAAAUGGACUGAAAGUACCGACACGGAUGGAGUAGCUCCGCUCUGCGACAGCUUUCGCGCCCAUAAGCACGAAUCAUCGACUUCGUCGAUUCAAACCCACGAAGUUAUCAGGAUGAUCCGAGAUACGUUGGCACGCACGCCUGGACGGACGACUCAAACAGGGCAACAGCCCAGCGGCUUGGAGGAGGAAUCUGACGAACUAGGGCCACUUGUCACUCCGUCAUCUCGCUAUUCGGUCAAGGUCGCACGUCCAAUCCCUGGACUCGAUUCCGAAAAUCGUAUCUCGGAUUCUAGACAGGUCCGUUCGCGCAAUUUUGUCAAAGGAUUCGCUGCAAGGCGAAGAUCACAGACGGUCUCUGAGGUCCCUAGCCGUAAGUUCUUCGAUGCCUCAAGCGCCGAUUCAAGCUCUAUACCCGUAGCAUUGCGCAAUGCUACAGGAACACGCCAUUCGACAGUCCGGCGUCAUGCUAUCUACGCGGGCUCUGAUGAACGAUUCGCUUGUUUCCAACUUCGUGGUGAGGACGACGACGAUGAGCAGACGUCAGCGAACAUCGUUCAUUCGACUUUGCAUCUCCCGAGCUCAGAUGGUUUGGCGUCAAACCUGGACGAGAACCGAACGCUCCUAGCUAGCAGUGGGAUGGUAAGACACAAUCGAUCGUCUUUCGAAAAAGAUGUUGAACCCACCAAACAUUCAUCGUUGGGUCGCUCCCGGCUUGUGCUCGCCGACCUCGACCCCAACGCUCUGCCGCCUCAUACAUCCUUUCCUGCCCGCUUGCGCCAAGUAGCCCAUCCAGUCUGGAGAGAAGAUUCUCGCUCAGUUUUGCCGUGGACCCCGUUGAAUAUAAACAAGCGACGCCCUCGAGAUUCUCUGGAUGCUGUUGUACACGCUGGGUUGAUGCCUGCUGCUACAGAGACGCUAGCUAAGGACCCAUUUUGUGUCGACUAUUCUAAGGACCACCAUCCAAUCGUGCUGGAACUACUGAGUGAGCUGGACCUCGCGCUUGCGACGUGGAAAUUUGGAGUGUCCUACAUAUGA